AUGUCCACGGAGAACUUGUCCGUCUUACCGCCCAGCGGCAAGCCGGCCUCGUUGCACGACUCUGCUCGUGGGUCACCAGAACCAUUCGAUGGCUUCCAGGACCUCGUGAAGGAUAUCAACACAAUCCUUGGCCCGAGCAAUGGCAUCGACAGUGCUGGAGUUGACGUGGAAGAGCUCAAGCAUGUCCUGGCCUACUACAACUCUUGCGAGGAGGAAUGGAGUAGAUAUGCUCUCGCGGACAGCUCGCGGGCGUAUACCAGGAACCUCGUGGAUAACUGCAACGGCAAGAGCAAUUUGCUCAUCCUUGUCUGGACACCAAGCAAAGGCUCGCCCAUCCAUGAUCAUGCCAAUGCUCAUUGCGUGAUGAAGAUCUUGAAAGGGUCUCUAACAGAGACACUCUACGCCUGGCCAUGCGAGAGCCUCGAGAGCUCUGGCGGUUGUCCUGCGUCUUCCGAGUCUUCUUGUCCCAGCACCGAGCACAGCUGCUCGUUCAGUGGCAGCUUUGAACCAGCGGCUCUGAACAUCAAGCGCAGUACUACGUACGACGCAAACGGAGUUACCUACAUGAGCGACCGGCUGGGCCUGCAUCGUAUCCAAAACCCGAGCAGCGACGAAUUCGCUGUCAGUCUGCAUCUCUACACACCACCGAACGCCGCCAAACACGGCUGUCACAUCUUCGACGAGUCCACUGGCAAGAAGAGCCACGUAUCGCAGUGUCAUUUCUACUCGCAGUUUGGAGUGAAGGCUUGA